GGACUUAAAAGGAAACUUACAAAGCAUCCAACAUUCCAUGAGGAUUACAAAAUUUUCAUGAAAGACAUUUUAGACAAAGGAUAUGCCAUCAAGAUACCCACUGAACAGCUGACCCUUGAAAGAGAGACAGUGUGGUACAUCCCUCACCAUGGAGUUUAUAAUCCAAAGAAAAAUAAAAUUAGAGUGGUUUUUGACUGUACAGCCAUUUGCCAAGGUUUUUCUCUCAAUGAACAGUUGCUGAAAGGACCUGAUUUAACUAAUACACUCAUUGGAGUUCUUACAAGAUUCAGAGAGGAACCAAUUGCUCUCAUGGCAGACAUUAAAUCAAUGUUCUAUCAAGUGAAAGUUCCAGAAGAAGACACAGAUCUUCUUCAUUUCCUUUGGUGGCCUGAAGGUAAUCUAAACAAUGGACUAGAGGAAUACAAAAUGACAGUGCACCUUUUUGGUGCUACUUCAUCACCGAGUUGUGCCUCUUAUGCCUUAAGAAGAACAGCAGAGGAUGCAAGAUGCACAGCUCCAGAGGAAGCAGUUAACACUGUGCUAAAUAACUUCUAUGUUGAUGACUGUUUAAAGUCAGUUGCUACAGAAGAACAAGCCAUAAAAUUGGCCAAAGAUCUUCAAGCCCUGUGCUUAAAGGGAGGAUUUUAUCUUAUACAAUGGGUAAGUAAUAGCAGAACAGUCUUGUUGUCCAUUCCUGAAGAAGACAGGGCAAUAGAUCAAAAGGACUUAGACUUAAACAAUGAUUUGUUACCAGUUGAAAGUGCCUUAGGUUUUCAAUGGUGCACACAGACUGACAGUUUCAAGUUUCAGUUAAAGCAUCAAGAUAAGCCUGCUAUAAGACGUGGUAUUCUGUCAGUGGUCAGUUCAAUAUAUGACCCACUUGGAUUUUUAGCACCAGUCAUACUGCCUGCUAAGCUUAUUCUAAGAGAACUGUAUAAAGAAAAAUAUGCUUGAGAUCAAGAAGUGGAAGUUAAGUAUGUCCGGCAAUGGAAAAAAUGGAUGGACGAUUUGCAGCUACUUGUGGAUUACAACGUAAACAGGUGCAUUAAACCGCCUGGGUUUGGUCAAAUAAUAACCGAACAACUGCAUCAUUUUGGAGAUGCCUCAGAAAAUGGGUAUGGCACUGUUUCCUACCUCCUUCUGACUAACAAAGGAAAUGAGAGACAUUGUUCAUUUUUAAUGGGGAAAUCAAGAGUGGCACCACUAAAACCUGUCAAUAUACCAAGGUUAGAACUUACAGCAGCAGUGGUUGCAGUUAAAAUGGACAAAAUGUUAAAACAAGAACUACAGCUUCACCUGCAAGAAUCAAUCUUUUGGACUGACAGCACCACAGUACUAAGGUACAUUGCAAAUGAAAGUGCACGCUACAAAACCUUUGUUGCCAACAGAAUCGCAGUGAUAAGAGAGCACACACAACCCUCGCAAUGGAGGUAUGUCACAUCUGCACAAAAUCCUGCGGAUCAAGCAUCAAGAGGAUCGACACUCUAAAGCUUCAUCAAAAGUAAGACUUGGAUACAAAGCCCAAACUUCCUGCUACAGCCAGAGAACGAAUGGCCUAAGAGACCGGAUGAAGUGAACCUGUCUACUAGUGAUGAUCCGGAAAUCAAAAGGUGAGGAAGACUCAACAAAUCAGCUAUGCCAGAAGAGGCAAAACACCCUGCAAUUAUUCAGAAGAAUUCACAUAUUGCUACACUCAUUAUGCAACAAGUUCAUAAAGAAAUUGGACAUUGUGGGUGUAAUUAUAAGAUGCUACACCCUGUAACUCCUGG